AAACCCUACUGUCGAACUCCCCCAAAUCCUCAGCAUGUUCGACGCCACCAUCGCCGACGUCACCUCCGACCCGAUCUCAAACCCUAACUACCUCUUCAUCCGCAAGAACUGCUCCUGCCUCACCUCUCGCCGCUACUUCACCAACACGACCUUCACCGCUCGCCAACAAGGCAAUGCGUACUCGUUGGUCACUGAGGCCUACGGCGCCCUUGCGAGCUUCGCGAAUUCGAGCAGGGUGGUUAGGGAAGGGAACGUUGUGGGCUUGAGGUUGUAUUGUGGGUGCUCGAGUGGGCUCUGGAAUUACCUGAUGAGUUACGUGAUGGAGGAGGGGGAUACGGUUGAAGGGCUUGCUAGUAGGUUUGGGGUGAGUAUGGAUAGUAUCGAGACGGCGAAUGGGUUGGAUGGGCCUGAUGGGGUUGUGGUGGGGGAUGUUUACUAUAUUCCUCUGAAUUCAGUUCCUGGGCAGCCUUAUGUGGAUACAGAGAUUUCUCCUGCACCUGUUCCUGCUCCUGCACCAACAUUCAGUGUAGUUUCAGAUAAUCAUUCUAGAAAAUUUCCUUAUGCAUGGGUUAUUGGGAGCAUGGGAAUUGCUCUUAUUCUGAUCGCUGUCACAUUUGUUUCAUGCAUUACAUGCAAAUCCUGUUUUUCCCACAAGUCAAGGACUCAAUCAAAAGAUCAUGAACAAUCGAGCUCACAUAAAUUUCACAUUCUCAAGAGCAGUAGUUUCUGCUACACAUCAAGAAGGUUCUUUUGCUGCAAAUCUGGAAAUUUGAAGCCUUCGGCUACAGAUGUUGGCAAUCACCAUAUCGAUAUCCCUAGAGCUGUGGUGGGGGAUGCGUUUGACAUGGAGAAGCCUGUUGUUUUCACUCAUGCAGAAAUUCUUUCUUCAACUGAUUACUUCUCUGAUUCAAAUCUACUCGGUCAUGGAACUUAUGGUUCUGUUUACUACGGAGUUCUUGGGGAACAGGAGGUCGCCAUAAAAAGAAUGACGGCUACCAAAACGAGGGAAUUUAUCGCGGAAAUGAAAGUCCUGUGCAAGGUUCAUCAUGCUAGUCUGGUAGAGUUGAUUGGCUAUGCAGCAAGUGGCGAUGAGCUCUUCCUCAUUUAUGAAUAUGCUCAAAAAGGUUCACUUAAGAGUCAUCUACAUGAUCCACAGAACAAGGGUCAUACUUCACUAUCUUGGAUCUCUAGAGUUCAAAUUGCUCUUGAUGCUGCUAGAGGACUGGAGUACAUUCAUGAGCACACCAAGGAUCAUUAUGUCCAUCGAGACAUAAAAACAAGCAACAUAUUACUUGAUAAUACUUUCAGAGCAAAGAUAUCCGAUUUUGGGCUUGCAAAGCUUGUUGUGACGACCAUUGAUGGAGAAGCUUCUGUUACAAAAGUUGUGGGCACUUUUGGUUAUUUGGCUCCAGAAUACUUGCGUGAUGGGCUGGCUACAACAAAAAGUGAUGUUUAUGCAUUUGGGGUCGUCCUCUUUGAAUUAAUAUCAGGGAAAGAAGCUAUAACAAGGACAGAAGGGAUGGUUUUCACCAAUUCUGAGAGAUGUUCUUUAGCAUCAAUUAUGCUAGGAGCUCUCAGGAGCUCACCAAAUUCAUUGAGCAUGGCUAGCCUGAAAGAACAUAUUGAUCCUAGCUUGAUGGAUCUGUAUCCUCAUGACUGCAUAUACAAGAUGGCUAUGCUAGCAAAGCAAUGCGUGGAUGAAGAUCCUAUUUUAAGGCCAGACAUGAAGCAAGUAGUUAUUUCUCUCUCGCACAUUUUGUUGUCCUCUGUUGAGUGGGAAGCAGCGUUGGCAGGAAAUAGUCAAGUUUUCAGCGGUCUUGUUCAAGGGAGGUGAUUUUUCAAAUGCAUCUCCAUCGCUUACAAUAUAAUCCUCUGUAUCAAUAUAUUGUGUAUCCUUUGUCCCUUUUUUCUCCUUGAUGGCAGAGUAGUCAAGGAAAUUCUUUUUGAUCUUUAUUCUUUAAAUCUUGUAACCUAUCGAGGUAAUAUGUUAGCUGUAUUAACAAUGUUAUAUGUAAUAGUGUUGUGCAGAAAGCUUGUGGUUCUUUCUCCCUUAAAAUCAAGGAAUUGAUGUUUGCUUUUCAUUCA